AUGGCAGCAAAUAGCCCAUCGACUGAAGAAAACUUGUCUCCGUUUGUGGACACAGAAACAUACAAGGGUAAACAUCAGAGAGGCCAGUCCCAAAAAACGAUGCUAUCAAAAGCUCUCCAGAAAGCAAAUACGGCCGUGCUCCUUGACAAUGCAGCGAAUUUUGAAGGAGCGAUGGACGCAUAUAAUGAUGCCUGUUACUUGUUACAAUUGGUAAUGCUCCGUAGCAAUGGGGGCGAAGAUGAGAAGCUAAAGCUCCAGGAAAUCCGUGAUACCUAUAUGAUUCGAGUUACUGAACUGGAGCGCAUGGACUUCUCAUUUCGGGAAUCCGGCGGCAAAGCCCUUCCUGAACGUCCACUCAGCCAGGAGUCUGAUAAUGACUUGUUUCAUCCACGUGAAGAAGAUUAUGAUGAAACGCUCUCUGGCAAUAGUAUAAGCCCUCGACAGCAUCCGUCUGAACUUUAUAGUGAUAAUGAGAUCUCAGAGGAGCGAAGAACGCUAGUCUCUGGCCUAAUCCCACCAAGGCGCCAGUCCUUACUGCCCUCUGCACUCAAUGAUAGCCUGGAAUUCAGAGGGCAAUACAACCGCCCACAGUCCCAAUCGUCGUGGCAGCAAUCUCGAGAUGGAAAUUGGGAAGGGAAACAUUACGCAGCGGAUAACGAUUUAUCAUUCACACUUUCCCCAACACAAAAUCUCUCUAUGGCAUCCGACAUAGAAAACAACCAGGCCUAUCUUUCUCAUUAUUCUGAGCUACCAUUGCCUGGGACGGAGAUAAAGGAUACAAACGAAUCAACGUCCUGGCUCGAUACAAUUGACGAAUCUGGCGCUUCUUCACCGUCUUCUUUGCGCUCUAAAAGGUCGUCUGCGUAUUUACGACAAAGAACGAGUCGCCUCCUUAGCCAUGGCACCGAAACGGAAUUUGAUGCUGCCUUAGAUGCGGCGGUCGAGGCGGCUUAUGAUGAAGGCUUAGAACCGGCAAUAGAUAUAGAUGACGGCAGUGCUGCUGACGAUAUAGUGGUCAAUGCACGCAGAAAUGUUGAAUUGGCGAAGCAGAAGGUCAGAGAAGCAGAGAGAGAAGCAGAAGUCGCCAUGACUCGCGGUCGAGAGAUGCACCGUAUUCAAGAACAUGCUAUGCUUGACCAACACGAGAACUUUGACCGAGAAUAUCUUGAUGAGGAGGCAGAAGAGGAGGAGCGUCUACUUGAAGAGAUGACUAUGGGUUAUGUCAUGGAUGACUUCGAGUUUGACAUUCAGUCUAAAUCUGCCCUUCCUAGACAAUCGGAUUCGAGCAAUUUUUCUGGUAGAACUUGGGAAAGCUCCACAGCCUCUAAUAACACAACGGCCGGAGCGGCCCUUUCUACGCUUGCAGAAGACAGGGUCUUAACAUCGGCGGCCGCUAAAAGACAAUCAAACACGCUACCCCUUGCACAGCCUGCUCCAGCGACUUUGUCCACAACCCCCGACCUGUCAUCCGGAGCAAGUGUGCGAGAACGGAGAUUAUCGGGCCGGGAUUCGAAAGAGUUGAAGAUCGAUACAAGCGCCCGUUUAAGGGAUGAUUCUGACGUUUCGACUUUGGGAUUACCAACCAGUCAGUUGACUAGCCGACCUCUACCACUCCCGAAAGAUGAGCCCCAGACAAACCUGCCAAACAAUGUGAACCAGAAUCUGGAUCCGGCUUCCGCAUUGCGUCUUGACAUGAAUUCAGACGACCGGAAUGCCUCUAUUGGAUCCCUUACCGAGGGAACACCGACAAGCAUCGGCCUAAGCAAAGCCAUAACUCAAGAAGAUGAAGAGGACACAAGCACCGGACUUUCAACAAUAUUGUCACCGGCACGGGCGAUUGGAAAGGUACCUUCUGCGCCCGACAACCUGGGGAAGCAAAACGCAAGUUCGAAAGCAUUUCGAGUAAGAAAUGCGUCAGUACCAGCCCCCGAUCUAACCGCGGAUUCGCCUGGCACACCGUCGAGCAGCAUGUUUCCGACUUUGGACCUUCAGAAAGGAAUGGCAACUGGGACAAUCCCUAUUCUACCAACCCCGACGGGUGCGAACUUCACUCCAAAUGGCUUACCGAGCGAUGGCCUCUAUCUAUUUGACAGCCAUAUACAUUCACCAACUCGACCUGGUUUUCCUAACACUAUGGCUGCCAACCAUCCUGCUCCCCUUGAGCCAUGUCCCGAAUCAUUUCUUUUGCGCCCUUUUUGGUUGAUGAGGUGUAUAUAUCAAACAAUCGCUCAUCCCAGCGGCGGCUAUUUAUCUACUAAACUAUUCAUUCCACGUGAUGUCUGGCGGGUCAAGAAUGCAAAAAUGAAAGCAUUGGAAGAAAAGGUGUCUAGCUGUGAUUUGCUGACGGCAGCGCUUCUCAAAUUAUCGCAGGUCGACAUGUACGAUGCUGAUGCUGUUUUGGAGGAAAUGCAAUCCUUCGAGAGCGUUCUCGACCAGGUACAGACCGCCCUGUCAAAGAAAUUAGGUAGCGAAGUCGGUGUGCAAGGUGCUAUGCCGUUGUUCAAGAUGACACCAGCCUCAGAUGAUGCGAUGGGUACUACGGACACGUUACCUUCAAAGGCUUCAAACGGACCCAGUACGAAAUCUUAUUUGACUUCGUGGCGAAAAUUGCGGUCCAAAAACUCGGGAUUUGGUUCCGCGGCACCGCCUAAUUCAAAGGAAACCGGCAAAGACAACCCGACAAUCAAUACUCUUCCCAUGACACCCAUGCCGAGUACACAAACCAUCAAACGCAAUGUAACGCAAUUGCAAUUCAAUGGACCGAAUGCCAAUUACAUGGGCGCUCUGGCACGGCUUUGCGAUGCUGCUCAAGCUAUAGAUCAAAUCGCCCAGCAGGUGGAAGAUCCAGGUCUCAAACAUUCCUCGCCAACCCUUGUUGGCUUGGAGUUGAGUACGCGACAUGCUGCAGAGUUCUUUGGUUUUUACAUUUGCCGGUUUGUUUUGAAUGAUGUUGGAUUGAUGCUUGAUAAAUUUAUCAAGCGUGGCAGCGAAUGGGUCCUCACCUGA